GAUUGCCCACCACUCACCCAUUGAGUGUGGGUUCCACAAUUACCGACUCACCAACUCGAAAACCAUCAGGAACAGGAAGAAAAAGAUGGGGGAGAAUCAGAGAAAAGACUUUUCCUCUCUUCUUCUACAAAAUUCCCCCCUGAAAAUUUUCCUCUUCCCAGUUUUCUUUAUCAACCAAUUCCCGCCAUUUGCCUAUCUCUCUCUCAGCUUAAUUUCCACUUCUGAAAAAAAAAUUGGUUUCCUUCUAUAAACUCCCUAUUCAAAUUCACAGAUUUUUUUAAUAUCAAAUUUUCCAUUUUAGAUUGCCUUUCGCCGUGGAUCUAUCAAAAUUCAUAUCUGGAAAACACCCAUAUAUUUGAUUUACUUAAAACACCGAUCCGAUUUUUUUUUUUUUAAUAAAGAGAGCGAAAUUAUGGACGACUUUGGCGUUCUAACAGAGCGCUAUUGUUUAAAACCGCAAGGAAAAUCGGCUCCAAUGUCGCAAGCCAAACGAUCCAACUCCACGGCCACCGCAACCACCAACGGAAAUUUCGGGUUCGAAUCAGGUUUGAUCAGAAACUCCACGUCCUUUUCUUCAAACUAUUCAUGGAAUUCGAGUGCCAGUAACGGCUCUUUUCUUGAUGAUCACGACUUUUUUCCGAAGCAAAACUCCCAAAAUUCUUUUGGUUUCCCCGACGAUUAUGAUUACGAAUUUGGUGCUUUUGAAAAUCCCACGACGAAGAAUACGAGUAAUAAUAGUAGUAAUGGAUCUUCAUUUGAUUUGGCUUCAAUGUUGUUGAAUUCUGAUCCGAAAUCUUCCUCUACGAAUUCUUACGUUGUUGAUGAUUUAUUUGGAGGAAUGUCUGGCUCGCAAUACGCAAGUAAUGAUGAUAUUUUUAGGUCUUUUGCCUCGUCCACAAGGCAAAGGGUUCGGUCGGUGACUUGCUGGGUGAUUUUAGUAGUGUGGCGGCGAAACUGAAGAGUUCUAGAAGGAAUGGUUCGUGGGAAUCGGGGAAAAAUGAGGCUGAUGUUGAUGAUUUGAUACCCGGGUUCGGUGGAAGCAGUGCUCCGGUUAAUAGGAUUAAUGUUAAGGCAACCAAAUCGACCUUCAAAUCAACAGAGGAACCAUUUAUAGUAUUAGAGUCGGAUUCGGGCUCAGAAUAUAAUUCCUCACAAGCCCCCACAGACCCACUGGAAAAAUUCAGCAUGUUUAAUCAAUCUGAAGGAACAAAACCUCGUGGUUCUACAAAUGGUUCCUCAUCAUUGAGGCGUCCCCCAAAUCCAGCACAAGUUUUUAAGGCAGAUAAAGUAAAGAGUUCAGGUGCAUCUCCAAUAGACAAACUUGAGGACUUUGCCAUGGGGAGAGUGCAUAAUAAGUCUAGUAGAUCUAAAGAAGCUGAAGAUGCUGCAAAAAAGACUCAACAGAAUAAAGGAGAUGAUCUGGAAUCCUUUUUUGGUGUGAGUUCCAGAUCAAAUAGUGCACCAAAGGCAAAGGCAACAACUUUGGAUCCCAUGUUUGAUGCAAAUAUACACAACAGACAGCUGAAGACAUCUGCAGGGGCAUCAUCCACUGCAAAGAAGGCUUCUUCUGCUACCAUGACAAAGGGAAUAGAUGACUUUUCCUUUAUUUUUGAAGCUGCCCCAAUGUUUGGAGAGUUUGAGGAAGUUUCAGGUGAAAGUGAACAAAGACGAAGAGCCAGAUUGGGACGUCACCAAAGGACCCAGGAUCGAGUGGCAAGAGCAGUUGCUGAUAUGAACCAGCGUGAUCGUCAAACACAGAAUGAGCAAGAAGAGAGGCAUGUACUUUGGUCUGAAUGUGGUUGGGAGCCAGUUUCACUGACUGAUUUAAUAACCUCUGGCUCUGUUAAAAAGGUUUAUAGAAAGGCCACAUUAUGUGUACAUCCUGAUAAGGUUCAGCAGAAAGGUGCCACUCUCGAACAGAAAUAUAUUGCUGAAAAGGUUUUCGAUAUUCUCAAGGAAGCUUGGAACAAGUUCAACGAGGAAGAACUUUCUUAAAACCCGGAAGGUAUCUCAUCUGAAGAGUCAAAGUCAUUUUUAUUUGGCAGUCAUACAGAUUCGUUUCAGAGCAAAAGAUUCAAGAACAGGCCCAACAGUGUUAUCGUCUUGUGGCGAUCACACCAUUCAAGCAGCGCUUCAUUGGUCACGGAACUUCUACUAUUUAAAGCUACAAGGCGCUUGGUAAGGAGUAAAAUUUUUCAUGUAUGACUGUAAAUAAAUGCAUCUUCAUGAAGUAAGUAGAUUUCAUAAUGUUUACUGAACCUGCACCUGGCCAUAUAUUUCUUUUCUCUAUGCUAGAACUUUUUCUUCUCUUCAUGUUUUCUGGUUCUAAUAUCACUUUUAUUAUUUUCAUUGAUUGUUUUCCACUAAGUAAGCACACACGCAUCCUUUGUUGUAAUUUCAGAUUAAUUGUGUUUUUUUUUUGUCUGGGUCUUCAAUUUGUUUAAUGGUUUCUCAUUUUAAGUGGAUGCCACUUUAUUAUUAUUGUGGAAUAUAUAAAUUUAAUGUUGAUCUCUGCCAAUUAUAGCAGAGGUUAAAGGCAUGGUAUUGUCUUUGACCAUACUAUUUUGCUAGUAUUUCUUGCCUCAAGUUCCCUUGAUAGGACUACAAAUUUGAACUUGCUUGAUGCAGUUGGAGCCUUGGAGGUCAAUUGCUUAAAUAAGGCUAAAAUAACCAAAAAAAGAAAAAGAAAAAGGGUUUUGAGAUUUUCCACUUUAUUUAAAUAAGUUUUUAUAUUUUUUA